AUCCACAUAGCUAUUUAGACAUACUAUACUAUUGCGAUAGAAAGUCAUGUUCACUGGUAAAUAGGAUUUUAGCUUGUGAGGUCAACAAUGGCCUUGGCGACGGGCGCGGCUCCUAUGGACGUCAACCUUCCGUCCUUUCCUAAGAACAUUAUGCUGGAAAUAGUAUCAAAGUCCGUGGAGGGAACGUGCCUGCAUGACAGGCUCCCGCUUGCCAUGUGUCCAUGGAACGAGGACUCCCUGGCGGCUGCUCUUCAAAACGGUUCAGCUGAUACCUUCUUCCUUUAUGAAGAGGGUGGCGCGAGCCAACAGAGUGCGCGGAUCGUUGCUAGCAUCGCUCUGGUACUUAAGGACCAUGUCCUGCGGCGCUUUUGUUGCCGCGCGGAUGUCGUGGCGGCAUUGGAGGAAUUCAAGUGCACCAUGCUAGUAUGCGGCAGCUUUGCCGUUAACGAGGACGGGGCGUGGGCUCGGAUACGGCGGAUGAGGAGGUUGCAGCGGCAAUGGAGGGCGUAAGGGGUAGGUCCACCCAAUGCACCCACUUGCAGUACGUACUGGAGGCGGGGCUCUUGUACAGCAAGGACGGGCAGGGACAGUACCCUAUCGACUUGCUGAACAAGUGCCCUAUCAAGGGCAAUGCUGGUAGGGCCGCCGCGAGGAUUCGGCAGUCCAUGUACUUGCAGUACGCUGGGCGCCUUGGCGCGCUGUGCAAGAAGGAUGCUCCAAUCGCACCGUUGGGGCUGCUACUGGCGGUGGGAGCUUCAUCCUCGUACAGGGAAGCUGGGGAGCUUAUCAACCAGUACCGGGCGGCUAGGAAAUCUGGCAAUCCGCCCGCUCGGCCAGUGGUGGCAUUGGCGCGGCGCUUCUUUGGCAUCGCGCCGGAGCCUCCGUCCGUCAACACAAUCCCCAACACGGCUGGUGGCGUAGGCGUUCGGAUUGAGGUCGACGGAGGUGGCGGUGCUGCUGGUGGCGCCACAGGCGGUGCCGCAGGGGGUGCUGGAGGUGCUGGUGAGGGAGUGGCCGCGCCCUUGGAUCAAGGUGCGGCCCAGCCUGGUGCGGCGGCCACCACAGCGCACAGCAACGAAGAGGAGGAGCCGGAUCUGGCGCUGAUUAACUUGGAUGUCUUUGGUGUCGAGCCGCCAGUGCAGCAGCGUGCGCCACGGGGUCGGCAGCGGGCGUCUGGUCUGGAUGACGACCUCGGAGCCCGUGGUGGCAGGAAGAAGCAGCGGACCGGGGCUGCUAAGGUGGCGAAGAGCGGUCGUGGUGGUGGUAGCGGGAGGGGAGAAGUUGGCGGUGGAAGAGGGCGUGGGCGGGGCGGCAGGGGCGGGGGGAGGGUGGCGGCAGUGGUUGAGUCGGAAGAAGAGGAGGAUGGGGGUGACGAGGAAAUGGAGGACGACGAGGAGGCAAGCGGGGAGUCUACUGGGGAGGGGCAGGAGGAUGACGUGAGUGUCCGGGAUACAUCGGAUGACAGCAGCAGCAGCAGCGGCGGUGGAAGCAGUGGCAGCAGCGGCGAACGGGCGGGCGGAAACCGGCAGCAGGACCGUAGGCAGCAGGAACUAGAGCAGCAGCAGCAGCGGGGUAAGAAGCAGCAGGCAGCAGUUGGGGCGGCAAAGGUGCCCAAGGCAGGAACUGGGUCGAGUGGCCAGUCUCGGCGUGUGCGGGCUAACCGCUAGAUAGAGGCAGACUGGGAGUAGGUUGUUUGCAAUGGGCAUAGAGUAGCUGUGAGUGGAAACAUGGUUCGUAGAUAGGUGAUCCAAAGUUGGGUUGGGUUGGCUUCACGUGGUGUACCUUUUGUAUUGGUUUGGCCGUGAUUGCUUGGAUGAUUUAUUAUUAUAAGCUUGGAUGACUUGAUAGCACAAACCUGAUACCCAUGACCAUACUUCUUAUCUACCUGCAAUUUUUGACGUGCAUGAUCCUAUUUCGUUGCAGGGGCGUUGGAGUAGGUUAGUUCAGGGACUGUAGGCAAGAUGUUUGAUAUAGAUAGGCAAUGGAGUAGAUAUUGGACUAUGGUAAGCUAGCUUAUGGAUUGCAUUGGGGGCGUGGGGCUUCCAGGGGCGUGGUCCCUUCGUAUAAUGGUGGUGAGCAUUCGUAAAAAGGAGGAAGGGACUAGGCUCAUAUGCAGCUUCUGACCAUGUAACGAAAUGGUG